CAAAGUCUUUGUUUCAAUAUUAAAGUUAUCAUCAUAGACAUAUACAUUGUGUGAGUGAGUGAACACUCACUCACUCACACACACACACACACACUCACACAAACCGGAAGUGUGCAGUCAGUGAGCAGCGCAUUGCACCGUCGUGAUGUCUAAGUUCAAAACAGUAAUUUGGCCCAAAGUGAUUCUAUUCGGCGACUCCAUCACACAGUUCUCAUUUCAAGCGAACGGCUGGGGCGCAGAGAUUGCCGACAAAUUAGCAAGAAAGUGUGAUGUUGUGAACAGAGGACUGUCCGGGUACAACUCCAGAUGGGCCAAGAUUGUUGUCCCCCGCCUCAUCAGCAGCCAGAGCUCGGCAGGCGACAGCAUAGCCGCUGUCACCGUCUUCUUCGGAGCCAACGACUGUUCACUGGAAGAUAAAAACCCGCAGCAGCACGUCCCCCUGCGGGAGUAUGCAGAGAACCUGAAGGAGAUCACUCGGCUCCUGGCUUCAGCUGGAGUGUCAGCAGACAGAGUUAUCUUCAUCACCCCGCCGCCUCUUCACGAGCCAGCCUGGGAGAAAGAGUGCAUUAUGAAAGGAUGUCCUCUCAAUCGCCACAAUUCUGUAGCGGGGCAGUAUGCCGAGGCGUGUGUUCAGGCUGCUGGACAGUGUGGGACAGAUGUCCUGGACCUCUGGACUCUCAUGCAGAAAGAUGGACAAGACUACACAGUCUACCUGUCCGACGGACUGCAUCUUUCAGAGAAGGGAAACCAGUUUGUGGCCCAGCACCUUUGGGGGCUGCUGGAGAACAGAGUGGCCGACCUGCCCUUCAUCCUGCCCUACUGGGGAGAUGUUGACGCCAAGAACCCGGAGAGCAGCCUGCUCUGUGACCAGUGAAGAACAAGUUGUUGGACAUCGCUGAGGAAAAAUACUCUGGACUGCAAACCUGCUAUGAAACCCUGCAGCAGCUGUUAUCUACAUUCGCCAGGUUAUGUCCAACACAAGACCUCGUAUUCAUGUUUAAAAUGCACAUUAAAACAUUUUUAUUUUCAUAUAUACUUUGGUGAUGCAAGAAAGAAACUUAAAAAAUGAAAUUCAUGGUGAAUAUUUAUAGCCAAAGAAACAAAUCAGAAUAAAGGACAAAAAACAUAUACUAGUUCACAUCCAUCCGGUUGAAUAGGUUACCUACACAAUACACACAUUUCUCUUGAGUAACAGUUGAUUACAUAUUUUACGAUUGUAACAUAAAACAGCAGGCAACAGUGGUGAGACGGCAUAAACAAGAGAAAGAGAUGCUUUUACUCACAUUAGCACAAGGACAGAAAAAUAAUAUUGGAGCACCUCCGGCAGUUUCUUCUAAAAUUAAAUUCAGGAUUGUCUGGAUUCAUUGUUCAUCUACUGGGAAUUUUCUCGUCUUUUCUCCUUUUCCAGAAAUAGGUCAGAACAGUGAGGCACAAUCUGAAAAGGCACCAUGUAGUUUCAUACAGGGAUCAAUCACA